AUGGAUGGUACAAUAUUCAAACGGCCCGGCCUAUGGAGGCUGGCAAGUAACGACGGCGCAUUUCUUCCGUCCAACAACGAUGAUCAAGAUUAUGAACAUUCUGACAGUCCCUCGGAGAAACCUAUCACCGUGAUGACUGAAGCCAGCUUAUCAAGGAUCGGAAGCACUCUUGUAGAUACUAUCAGGAGCUUCACCUCGGACCAUAUCGUGUCUCUUCAUCAAGUAAUCACGUACGGAACUGCUCUGGAAAAGCUCUUAAAUCUCAUACCGUCCCUACCGGACGCACAGACAAGCUGGAUGAUGAGGACUUUACAUUGCAGUAUACUCUAUAGGUUGAUUCGUCUACAUCGACCCACACUUCUGCGUGGAUAUCAGUCGCCCGAAUGGAGCUUCUCGAGUAAUGCUUGCGUGAGUAGUGCAAAAUCGCUCCUGAGAUUACAAGUGGCGAUGGCCGUGUACCCGCAUCUCAGACCUUCAUUCAUCAAGCGUUGGAUCAUGGGCUCAAUAAUCGUCUUGGCCGUUCCUUCCAUCGUGCAGGACCUUACCUUCGAAGAGGUCAUCUAUCAAUCUCAGCGGAUCUGUAUUGGCACAUUUGCUGAGUUGUUACCGCCUAUAAUGGCUUUGCUGAGUACCGCGGACGAAUUUCGGCGGGCUGCGACUGCGGGAGGUGAUAGAUACAAUCUAGAUGUUGAUCUCUUCUUCAAAGAAGUUCGGAAGAGGUUAUCCCCAACCGGGAAUGACGAUAAUCAGCAAAAUCAGCGGAAUGGAUCAAGCACUAUGUUCGACUUCAAUUUCAAUCUGGAUUUCGACCCCAACUCAAUGCUCCCAAAUUUCGACUUCUCAUUCUUACAAGAUAACCCUACUGAUUCUACUGGUACUUGGGAGAACAUGGAGUGGGGCUUGAUAUAA